AGUUGCUUGAAUGACCCGAGGAACCCGCCACUUUCGGGUUGCGAGACAUUUUUGGGACACCCUGUAUAUACUAUCUAGCUGGCCCUGUCUGUCUAAGAAGAAGAAUGUCACACACGUGCGACUACCAACUUGGACCAAAAGAUUUACUAAAUAUGCUCAUCCUUUGUAUGCAUCGAAUUCAAGUAAAAUUGAAGAGAAACGAAGUAAAAUUGAAGACCACGCGACGUGUCAAAAUUCCGUAGAUCGGAAGGGAAAUUUCAUUAGGCGAAGAAAAGCGCGCUUAUGGUUGCUCUAUAGUGCUCUACCGAGGCGUCAGCUUAGACCUCCUGAUGGUAGGUGCAAUUUAAUAGCAACUACGGUACGACGGAGCCUGAAAGAUGGAACCGAGCCACAAGCAUGGAUAACUCUCGAAGUCUGGCAUCGAUGUCGCAACGAAAGGGUCGAGCAAAAUCUGCCAGAGAUUACGCAAGCGUUGAUAAACCCUUGCUCCAGAUUUUGCGAGAGGCGGCGUCGAGAAUCUCGCCGCAUAAACGCGCGAGUUUGCGACUCGCGAACACUCUCGCCGCGGCCUAACGAAAUCAUUGUCGGCGGCUGACGUCUCCAGCUGUCGGCGAAGGGACAACUCUGAUCCGAGUGUGAAUAGGAUAUGGCUUAGAAAUCGCUGAACAAGCGAGACGAAAGAUUUAUUUAUGUUAAGUAAACUCGGACAAUUUUAUCUCGAAAGUCCUCGAUCUGAAAACCUGGAUAUCUAAUGGGAUCGUCUGACUACUGCACACUGUUUCUACUUGGCGCAAGAAUACUCUAAUUCCGAGGACUGGUAAUGAGUAAAAUAGUAAUGGACGAGUAAAACAAUAUUUGUCCUAAUAUUUCAUUAUUCUACAAUACAUUUUUCUGUCGUUAUUUCGGUCGCGCCCAAUGCACAUAAUGAGGGAACUUUUCACGUUAGCUGCUCGACAAAGUUCAGUCGAUACUCAGAAGUAGAGAAAUGGUCAACUCUACGUUUCUUCGAUGCUAAACAUUUCAUUGAAUAAGUCUACGUAUAAGACCUAUAGAAUUCUGGAAUAAUUGAUCACAUUAGUUACCUAACAUAAGACGAAAGUUGGAACCAAAGCGAUAGACACGAAAACAUAAACUUCGGCGCUAUAGACUGUGAAUUUCAGUGCGAAGUUUUCUGGUCGUGUAAUACUAUUGGGUUGGCAACUAAGUAAUUGCCGAUUUGUUCAAUGAAAUAAAAAAUUUUGUUUUA